AUGAAGAUCAUAGACGCUUCAACGAGUUCAAUUGUAUUCCUCAUAUACAUCGAUGUUUCCUUCGCCCAAGUCGCCUACAUCUGCACUUCUAACACAUUAUGCACACCCGUCUCGCUAUCUCAACCAGGCCAACAACCAUGCGCCAGCUUAAUGCAGCAACCAGUAGGCGGCAUGCAAAACCCCUUCCCUCAAUUCGGAUAUGGCCAAGGUGGACUAUGCAUGGGUUCACUUGGCGGUCCUAGCCUGCCGAAUUUCCUCCCACCACAACAACCCUAUUUCAUCGGCAUGCCUAGCACCGUGAAUAUGGGUGGUCAAGGCCCAAUAUUUGGAGUUGGGCAGCAGCAAGUGCCCCAGUCAUUCAACCUCAACCUGUACAGCCAGUCAUUCAACCUCAACCUGUACAGCCAGUCAUCCAGCCUCAACCUGUACAGCCAGUCAUCCAGCCUCAACCUGUACAGCCAGUCAUUCAACCUCAACCUGUACAGCCAGUCAUUCAGCCUCAACCUGUACAGCCACCAACACAGAGUCAUCCGCCGGGUCAGCAACAAUCGUGUACUGUUUGUCCUCAGGGACCUUCCGGUCCCCAGGGGCCACAGGGGCCACCAGGGCCGCAAGGGUCACCAGGACCACAAGGGUCACCAGGGCCACAAGGGUCACCAGGGCCACAAGGGUCACCAGGGCCACAAGGGUCACCAGGGCCACAAGGAAAGCAAGGGCCCUGCUGGGGUUUCUUGCACUUCAGGGUGUGCAGGACCGGAUUCUGGAAGGGACAAAGUGCCAGGUGGAAGCCUAGAUACUGUAGGAAUCGCCCAAGGAAAUGGUGCAAGAUUCCAGGACACUGUACCUCCUGUGAGCGGGAACGGAAUUGCCAAUGGGAAUGACGCAAAUUUCGAUGAAAAUUUGCCCGUUCCCACCGUCCAGAAUGGAAUUGGUAAUGGCGAGGAUGCAGGACUUCAGGAUCCUUUACUUCCAGUGGCAGAGAACGGAAUCGCCAGCGGAGAUGAUGCAAAGUACGAUGACAAUUUGCCUAAGCCUAGUGACCAGACUGGCAUUGCCAAUGGGGAGAGUGCAAGCCUCGAGGAUGCUGUGCCAAAGCCAAUGGUCAAUUAA